AUGAAUUCGGUAGCUGGGAAUAAAGAGAGGCUUGCGGUCUCCACCAGGGGCAAGAAAUACGGGGUGAACGACGUGUGCUCGCCCACCAAGCCCGCGGCGCCCUUCUCCCCCGAGAGCUGGUACCGCAAAGCCUACGAGGAGACGCGCGCCGGGAGCCGGCCCACCCCCGAGGGCGCGGGUUCGGCGCUCGGCUCGUCGGGGACCCCGUCUCCCGGCUCGGGCACCUCGUCCCCGAGCUCCUUCACGGGCUCCCCGGGCCCCGCCUCCCCGGGCAUCGGCACCAGCUCGCCGGGCUCCCUGGGUGGCUCUCCGGGCUUCGGCACCGGCUCCCCCGGCUCGGGCAGCGGCGGCGGCUCCUCCCCCGGCUCGGACCGCGGCGUCUGGUGCGAGAACUGCAACGCCCGCCUGGUGGAGCUCAAGAGGCAGGCGCUGAAGCUGCUCCUGCCGGGGCCCUUCCCGGGCAAGGACCCUGCUUUCUCUGCUGUGAUUCACGACAAACUCCAGGUCCCCAAUACCAUCCAGAAGGCAUGGAAUGAUCGGGACAACCGCUGUGACAUUUGUGCCACGCAUCUGAACCAGCUGAAGCAGGAAGCCAUCCAGAUGGUGCUGACCUUGGAGCAGGAGGCUGGCAGCGAGCGCUACAAUAUGUCGCCUGGCUCCCCACCACCACUCUCCAACAUCCCCACCCUGGUGGGGGCCCGGCAUGUGGGUGGGCUCCAGCAGCCCAGGGACUGGGCCUUUGUGCCUGCCUCCUACGCCACCUCCAACUACACAGGCUUCACCAACAAGCACAGCAGCAAACCCAACAGCCUUGGGGUCAGCAAUGGGGCAGAAAAGAAGAUUGGGUCCCCAACCCAUCAGGCCAAGGUCAGCCUCCAGAUGGCCACCAGCCUCAGCAAUGGGAACAUCCUCAACUCGGCGGCCAUCCAGGCUCACCAAUUCCUGGAUGGCACCUGGUCCCUGUCGAGAACCAACGGGGUCACCCUGUACCCCUACCAGAUCUCCCAGCUGAUGACAGAGAGUGGCCGCGAGGGACUGACAGAAGCCGCGCUGAACCGCUACAAUGCCGACAAGCCGUCGGCCUGCAGCGCCCCAGCCUCGCAGGGCUCCUGCGUGGUCAGCGAGCCUUCCACGGGCACCUCGGUGGCUGCUUCCUUCUUUGCACGAGCUGCCCAGAAGUUGAAUCUUUCUUCUAAAAAGAAGAAACAUCGACCUUCUACCUCCUCCGUGGAGCCACCUCUGUUUGCCACCAGCUUCAGCGGGAUUCUGCAGACCUCCCCACCCCCGGCCCCACCCUGUCUGCUGAGGGCUGUCAACAAGGUGAAGGACACCCCAGGCCUGGGAAAGGUGAAAGUCAUGCUUCGCAUUUGUUCUGCCUUGGCUCGCGAUACCCCAGAGUCCAGCUCCUUCUUAAAGGUGGACCCGCGGAAGAAGCAAAUCACCUUGUAUGACCCCCUGACUUGUGGGGGUCAGAAUGCCUUCCAAAAGAGAGGCAGCCAGGUCCCUCCAAAGAUGUUUGCUUUUGAUGCCGUGUUCCCACAAGAUGCUUCUCAGGCUGAAGUGUGUGCUGGAACAGUGGCAGAAGUGAUCCAGUCCGUGGUCAACGGGGCAGAUGGCUGCGUGUUCUGUUUCGGCCACGCCAAGCUGGGAAAAUCCUACACCAUGAUCGGGAAGGAUGAUUCCAUGCAGAACCUCGGCAUCAUUCCCUGUGCCAUCUCUUGGCUCUUCAAGCUGAUAAAUGAACGGAAAGAAAAGACCGGAGCUCGUUUCUCAGUCCGGAUCUCAGCGGUGGAGGUGUGGGGAAAAGACGAGAAUCUGCGGGACCUGCUCUCAGAGGUGGCCACGGGCAGCCUGCAGGAUGGCCAGUCCCCUGGCGUGUACCUCUGCGAGGACCCCAUCUGUGGCACACAGCUGCAGAACCAGAGUGAGCUGCGGGCCCCCACCGCCGAGAAGGCCGCCUUCUUCCUGGACGCUGCCAUCGCGUCCCGCAGGAACAACCAGCAGGACUGCGAGGAGGACGACCACCGCAACUCCCACAUGCUCUUCACGCUCCACAUCUACCAGUACCGGCUGGAGAAAAGCGGCAAGGGGGGAAUGUCCGGAGGUCGCAGCCGCCUGCAUCUCAUUGAUCUCGGCAGCUGUGUGAAAGCUCUUAGCAAAAAUCGGGAAGGAAGUUCAGGGCUGUGCCUGUCACUCUCUGCUCUGGGCAAUGUCAUCCUGGCUCUCGUCAAUGGCAGCAAACACAUUCCAUACAAAGAAAGCAAGCUCACCAUGCUGCUACGGGAGUCUCUGGGAAACAUGAACUGUCGCACCACCAUGAUCGCUCACAUCUCGGCCGCACCCGGGAACUACGUGGAAACCCUGUCCACCAUCCAGAUUGCCUCGAGAGUCCUGAGGAUGAAGAAAAAGAAAACUAAGUACACGUCCAGCUCCUCUGGGGGAGAAAGCUCCUGUGAGGAAGGCAGGAUGCGCAGGCCCACUCAGCUGAGACCCUUCCACGCCAGGGCCCCGGUGGACCCUGACUUCCCCAUCGCGCACCUGUCCAGCGAUCCCGACUACUCCUCCAGCAGCGAGCAGUCCUGUGACACCGUCAUCUACAUCGGGCCUAAUGGCACAGCCCUCUCUGACAAGGAGCUCACUGACAACGAGGGCCCCCCCAACUUCGUCCCGAUCGUGCCAGCCCUGCAGAAGACCAGGGGUGACAGCCGGCCUGCAGAGGCGGGGGAGGCUGCGGCCAGCACCUCUGAAAGGGACUGCUUGAAGUGCAACACGUUUGCCGAGCUGCAAGAGAGACUAGAUUGCAUCGAUGGCAGUGAAGAGCCCAGUAAGUUUCCUUUUGAAGAGCUGCCUGUCCAGUUUGGGGCACAGCAGGUGAGCCCAUGUCCUCCACUGAGCCUGGCGGCUGGGGUGGGCCCACUCUCUGAGUCUGAUAAAGAAGAGAAUGGGUCAGAUGGCCAGCUGAGCGACCGAGAAGGCACGGACCCCCCGGCCUCCAAGAUGCAGAGGAGCUACUCACCCGUGCCAGCCAUGGCGCUUGACAGCAGCCCCACCCCUGCCUCACCCAGAAGCAUCCCGGGCAGCAGCAGCCAGCCCAGCGCGUCCCAGCUCAUGCAGAGCCCGAGCCUGCAAAGCAGCAGGGAGAGUCUGAACUCCUGCAGCUUUGUGGAAGGCAAGCCCCGGCCCAUGGGCUCCCCGCGGCUGGGCAUCGCCAGCCUGUCCAAGACCUCCGAGUACAAACCACCCAGCUCUCCUUCCCAGAGAUGCAAAGUCUACACCCAGAAGGGGGUCCUGCCGUCUCCUGCCCCUCUGCCUCCUUUGAGCAAGGAUUCGGGCCUGGUAUCUAGCGAGUCCUUGCUGCAGCCCGAGGUGCGUACCCCCCCGGUGGGCAUGAGCCCCCAGGUUUUGAAGAAAUCCAUGUCUGCUGGAAGUGAGGGGUUCCCAGAAACCACCGUUGACGAGGAGCGUCAGGCAGUCCCUCCUCCCAAUGGCAAGAAAGAGAUCCUGAAAACCACGACGGUGACCGUGCAGCAGCCGCUGGAGCUGAAUGGUGAGGACGAGCUGGUGUUCACGCUGAUGGAGGAACUGACCAUCAGCAGCGUCCUGGGCAGCAGCCGUCCCACCAGCAUCAUUAGUUUCAACAGCGACUGCUCCGUGCAGGCCUUGGCCUCGGGCUCCCGGCCCGUAAGUAUCAUCAGCAGCGUCAGCGAGGACCUGGAGGGCUACCCCAGCGUGGCCCCCGUGUCCGAGGUCAGCAUCACGCAGUUCCUGCCCCUGCCCAAGCUGAGCCUGGACGAGCAGGCCCGGGAGGCGGGCAGCAGAUGCUCUUCCAUCAGCUCCUGGCUGAGCGAGAUGAGCACGGGCAGCGACGGGGAACAGUCGUGCCACAGUUUCAUCGCCCAGACGUGCUUCGGGCACGGGGAGGCGAUGGCGGACCCUCCGGCUUCGGAGUUGGUCAGUGGCAUCCAGAACACCGCUGUGGUUUGCAGAGAGAAGCCCACAGCGGGCCCCGACAACCUGUUCAUCUUGUCUGAAGUGGGGGACGACUCUUUCAACAAAGCCACCCCCAUCAAAGGCUGCAAAAUAUCCACCCUGGGCAAGGCCAUGGUCACCAUCUCCAACACAGCCAAUCUGAGCGGCUGCGAAGGGUAUAUCCCCAUGAAGACCAACAUCACGGUUUAUCCCUGCAUCACCAUGAGCCCCCGGGAUGUCCAAGAGCCAGAGGCGUCUGCUGUCACCCCCAGAGCGGCCCCCAAGGGACCUCAGGACAGUAAGGAGAUAAGUGUCAAGAAAGAGAUGAAGUUUGAGGACCCCUGGCUAAAACGAGAAGAGGAGGUCAGAAAAGAGAACGCUUAUCCCAAUGACGAAGGGAUUAGGUAUGAGAUGGCGACAGGUGCCACCAAGCCUGAGGCCAGACCAGAGCAGGAGCAAGACAGGAAGAACAGCCCGGGUGACAGGCUCAGCAGCAGCAGCGGGGAGGUGUCUGCCUCCCCCGUGAGUGACACCUUCAGGCGGGUUGUGGAUGGGUGUGAGAUGGCCCUGCCGGGCUUGGCGACCCAGAGCCCCGUGCACACCCACAGAAGCCUGAAGUCAAGCAGCCUCCCUCGGGCCUUCCAGAAGGCCAGCAGGCAGGAGGAGCUGGACGGCCUCUUCUGCCACUGUGCUGCAGAGACCAACGGGGUUGGCACGGCCACGGGCGCCCAGCCCUCCAAGGCGACCCUGGAGAGGAAGGUGGCUUCCCCUAAGCACUGUGUCCUGGCUCGGCCCAAAGGGACUCCUCCUCUGCCCCCUGUCCGGAAGUCCAGCUUGGACCAGAAGAACCGGGCCAGCCCCCAGCACGGUGGCAGCACCAGCAGCCCCUUGAACCCACCAGCCCCUUUCUCGGCCACCUUCCCAGAUGAGCCUGGUGGCAGGGUGAAGGACACCAGCAGCAGCAGCAAGCUCUUCAGCGCCAAGCUGGAGCAGCUGGCCAGCAGGACCAACUCCCUGGGCAGGGCCACCGUCAGCCACUACGAAUGCCUGUCGCUGGAGAGGGCAGAGAGCCUGUCCUGCGUGAGUGCCCGGCUGCACGCCGGCAAGGACAGCACCAUGCCCCGUGCCGGGAGGAGCCCGGGUCGCAGCGCAGGGGCGUCGCCCCCCCACGGUGGCCCCACGGCGUCCGCGGGGGCCUCACCCAAGGCCACCCAGUCCAAGAUCUCAGCGGUGAGCAAGCUCCUCCUGGCCAGUCCCAAGGCGCGCAGCCUGUCAGCCUCCACCACCAAGACCCUCAGCUUCUCUACCAAGUCCCUGCCGCAGUCGGUGGGCCAGAGCUGCCACCUGCCCCCGAGUGGGAAGCAUACGUCCUGGUCGACGCAGUCGCUCAGCAGGAGCCGAGGCUUGGGCCUGGCUUCCAAGCUGCCCCUGCGAGCCGUGAACGGGCGCAUCUCCGAGCUUCUGCAGGGCAGCGCGGGUGGCCGGGGCGGGCCACCGCGGGCCGAGGCCGAGGAGCGGGCUGGGGUCCCCGCGGCCGAGGACAAGGCCGCGCCCCUGCUGCCGUCACCCUACAGCAAGGUGACGCCACCGCGGAAGCCGCACCGCUGCAGCAGUGGGCACGCCAGCGACAGCAGCGUGCUGAGCGGGGAGCUGCCCCCGGCCAUGGGCAAGACGGCGCUUUUCUACCACAGCGGCGGCAGCAGCGGCUACGAGAGCAUGAUACGCGACAGUGAGGCCACCGGCAGCGCGUCCUCCACCCAGGACUCCAGGAGCGAGAACAGCAGCUCGGUCGGCGGCCGGGGCCGCAGCCUCAAAGCCCCCAAGAAGCGGUCCAAUUCAGGUUCUCAGCGACGGAGGCUCAUCCCGGCACUGCCCCUCGAUACCUCCUCCCCCGUGAGAAAACCCACCAGCAGCGCCGGGGUCCGCUGGGUGAACGGUCCCUUGCGGAGCACCCCCAGGGGCCUCGGGGAACCUUUUGAGAUUAAAGUCUACGAAAUCGAUGACUUGGAGCGCCUGCAGCGGCCGCGAGGGGGCACCAGCAAGGAGGUCAUGUGCUUCAAUGCAAAACUGAAAAUUCAGCAGCGCAUUGCUGAGGUUCGAGCCAAGUAUGAGUGGCUGAUGAAAGAGCUGGAGACCACCAAGCAGUAUCUGAUGCUGGAUCCCAACAAAUGGCUCAGUGAAUUUGACCUGGCGCAGGUCUUGGAGCUGGAUUCCCUGGAGUACCUGGAGGCACUCGAGUGCGUGACAGAGCGCCUGGAGAGCCGUGUCAAUUUCUGCAAGGCCCACCUCAUGAUGAUCACCUGCUUCGACGUCACCUGCAAGCGCCGAUAAGGGAGCCAGACGUCGCACCCCCCCCCCCCAGGCCCUCUGCGCUGGUGGCAUCGGAGACAGUGAAUGACAGCGAAGGUUGGUGGCAGGUGUGGAGUGAGCGUUGAGCAGAAGGCGAUUUCUCUUUUGUUUUCUAUAGGAAAGGUGCAAACAACACACACACACGGAAGGUGGAAGCGAUGGGAGGCCCCAGGGAGGUCAAAGCCCCGUGAGACUGAAAAGCACUUUGAAGAACUGUACAGAGCGUGUUUGUACAUCAGAGCUGCUAGCCACAGAGACCUCACUCUUUCUUGCUUUUGUGAGAGAGGGACAGGGUGGGCGUCGAUUGCUGUUGAAAGUGUAAAACAACAUGACAACAAAAAGCGACCCAGAAUGACUGAUUAAGUGCCUUGCAAAUCUUUAUUAUUAUCCAAACAUGUAUGUUCAUACUUUGCUGUGUACAGAUGGUGCUAGUCAAGAUGAA